AUUCCUGAAGGACCUAAAUGGAUAUCUUUUGGAUUUAGUAUCUGACAUGUAUGAUAAAGUAGGAUUUGAAGAUUACGCACUUGAGAAACUUUUAGACAAAUUGAAUCGAGAAAUAAUUCUCCAAUGGACUUGCAAGUUAGAUAAACCGGAAUGUAUCAAAAAAUCUGUAGACCUAUUUGCGGCUUGGCGCAACGAUAGUACCAAACAAAUUCCACGUAAUGCACGACCAGCUGUUUAUUGCACCGCAAUAAAAGAAGGAAGCUCAAGUGAUUGGGAUUUCCUGUGGAAUCAUUAUCGACAUACAAACUUUGCAUCAGAGAAAAAGAUCAUUAUAGAUGCACUCGGAUGCUCGAAUAAUAAGACGGUACUCCAAAAUUACUUAAAAGAAGCCAUUAAAAAAUACAAUCCUACAAAUGCUGACAUUCGCCGACAAGAUGUUUCUGCAGUGUUUACUUCCGUGUACAGCGCAGGUUCAGUGGGAGUAAACGUUACCCUUAACUUUUUAACAGAAAAUAUCGACACGCUGUACGAUUAUUUCCAAAAGUGGGACGAUAUCGCAAAUUUGUUCGUUAAUACCGCAGCGCAUGUAUCAACCGAGGUUGAAUACGGACAGGCGAAAUACUUCGUUGAACGUCAUGAAAGGCGAUUCCCUGAAAACCUCCAAGUGAGAUUGCGUUCUGCUGUCACUACUGCGGAAAGUAAUUUAUUGUGGUUUAAAAAUAAUGGCUAUAAAAUUAGGCAAUGGAUAAUGAGUCUAAAUCCUGAAAAGCAAAAACCAGACAGUUCUACAAGAAUAGAAUCAUUUAACAUCGUUCUUACGACUCUCAUUGCUUUAGUAUCGUACCUUUUAAGCCGUUUCUAAAUGAAAGACAACAACGAAGAUUUUUCUUUAGAUUUUUAUCAUGCAAAAUGAAAAAAAAUGUAUUCUUAUCCCUUGUUCCUUUUUAUUUAAUAAUUUGUUUUUCUUUUUAAGCUAAGAACAGCGAAGUUAUAUUUUGUUUACACAAUAUUUUAAUGUAUUUAAUGCAAAGAAUUGUUAUCUUUAAUCGAGCUUUGUAAUUAGGCAAGUAAAUGUAAAAUAAAAAUAAUAACAAUUAUAUACCAUUUAUCAAAAAA